AUGCGCACCGCCGUCCUGGCCGCAGAGGAGCCCACAGAGGGCAGAAAGCACACGCACGAGGAUAAUGUGCUGGAAGCCCUACACCCCUGGCUCCGAAUCCGGGGGGUCAGCGCCACCGCCUCCCGCUUGAGGGGCGCCUUCCGGCUGGGACCCCCGCACUUCCACCAGGUGCGCCCCCAGACAGACUCCGCGGGGACAGCCCUCCAGCAGGCCCGGCGGGACGGGGUGCUGGUGGCGUUACGGCGGCAGCAGCAGCCGCGGCCCCCCGGACCACGCGCCCCCCAAACCCUCGCCCCGGGGGUGGGGGCGCCCCGGCCCUCGCUGAAGCGGCCCCGAAAAGGGCGCCCCGGGCUGCGGCGGGGGGACCCCGGGGAGCUGCCCGCCCGCCCGGCCGCCCCGGCCCCGCUGACCUGUGGUCGCCCCCGCGCCGGGGCUGCGGCCCUCUCGCCGCUGCGGCCGCCUCGCUGGUCGUGGUCGCCCUCGCCCGCCGCCUCCGGCCGCCGCCGCCUCGCUGCCCGGUCGCUGCCGCCGCCGCCGCCGCCGCCGCCCGCGCUCAUGCGGGACCCGCGCUUCGCUCACCGGAGACCGAGGCCGGGGACGCGGACGCCGAGGCCGCACCACAGCCCGAGCCGGGGGCCAGCCGCCCGCUUCCGACGCUGCCUGUCCACACCGGGGGCUGCGGGGCCCGCCUGGCGCGGCUGGGCUGCGAGCUGCUACGAGCGCGGCCCCGAGGAGGAGCCGAGGGAGGCGCCGCCGCCCGCGGCCGUGAGCGCACGCCGGGUCGGCAGAGGGAGACGUAGAAACGUCCACGCUGAGAGAAUCGUAGAUGGGCGGCUGGACCGCCUCCUGCAAACCCUUCGGAAGAGGAGGAGGAGGAGGAUGGCGGCUGCAACCUGGGCAAGUGCCCCGACCGGAAGUGGAACCGUGACCUCCAGGGCUGUUUCAGUGCUCAAGAUUCCCUGUCCAUAUGCGUCACACAACUGGUGAAUCAAAAUGAAGAAAAAAGAAAUUUUUAUUACCUAGCAUUCCCAAAGAUCAGAUAGACUGUGAGUCCUGGCUGGUUUGGCUCAGCGGAUGGAGCGCGGGCCCUCGGACUGAAGAGUCCCGUCCCGGGUUUGAGGGUUUGAUUCCGGUCGGCCGAGGGCACCUACCUUGGCUGCAGGCUCGAUCCCCAGCAGGAGGCAGCCAAUCAGUGAUCCUCUCUCAUCACUGAUGUUUCUAUUUCUAACCUCUCCCUUCCCCUCUG